UGCCUCAGCCAGGCAACAUGACGGUGCCGUUCGAUAACUUGUCGUGCCAUCACUCCAUCGACGACUUCCGAAACCAAGUCUACUCCACGCUCUACUCCAUGAUCAGCAUUAUGGGCUUUGUCGGCAACGGUGUUGUGCUGUACAUCCUCAUAAAAACAUACCGGCAGAAGACAGCCUUCCAGGUGUACAUGCUGAACCUUGCCGUGUCCGACUUCCUCUGCGUGUGCACCCUGCCCCUGCGUGUCAUCUACUACGUCCACAAAGGGAACUGGUUCUUCAGUGACUUCCUAUGCCGGGUCAGUUCGUACGCGCUGUAUGUCAACCUGUAUUGCAGCAUUUUUUUCAUGACUGCAAUGAGCUUCUUCCGUUGCAUAGCCAUUGUUUUUCCAGUCCAGAACAUCAAUUUGGUCACGGAGAAGAAGGCUAAAUUUGUCUGCGUCGGCAUCUGGAUUUUUGUCACCCUGACAAGCGCUCCCUUCCUGCGAAACGGGACGUACCAACACGGCAACAAGACCAAGUGCUUCGAACCCCCAGAAGACUCUCAGAAGACAAAUCUAGUUGUGAUCCUGGAUUUUAUUGCGCUAUUUGUGGGCUUCAUUUUUCCCUUUGUUGUCAUAACUAUCUGCUACACCAUGAUCAUAAGGACCUUACUGAAAAACUCCUUGAAGAAGAACCAGGCUAACCGCAAGAAGGCCGUCUGGAUGAUCAUCAUCGUGACGGCCACCUUCCUGGUGAGCUUCACGCCGUACCACAUUCUGCGUACGGUCCACCUCCACGUGCUGCGGCUGAAGAACGCCAGCUGUGAGGACGCCAUAUACCUACAGAAAUCGGUCGUCGUAACGCUCCCCUUGGCAGCUUCCAACUGCUGCUUUGACCCACUUCUCUAUUUCUUCUCGGGGGGCAACUUUCGGAAGAGACUUACCACGUUUAGGAAGGCUUCUUCCUCCAGCUUAACGCAAGCCUUCAGGAAAAAGUUCUCCAUAAGAGAGAAAGAUGAGGAACCCUUUGGAGAAAGCCACAGGGAGAAUGGAAAGGCAGCGGUGGCCCCUUCGUAAGGAGGCUAGACCUUCCCCUAAGAUCUCAGACGGGCAACGGAGAUCUCGGAACUCUUCCAGAAGACAUGAUGGAGGCUUGCAAGCCUUCGUCGCAAUUAGAUAUGUAGCAAUAACGGUGGACGGUCCAUGAUUUAUGCUACUUGGUGGUACAGCUGCUGCCGGGGAUGGCCAGCCCCUUCCCCAGGAGCACUGCUUGGACAUGCACAGCCACUGAGGACGGAGGAGCCACCGCCAGCCAGCACCAGGAAACUGUUGAUCUGAUGAUAAACUUACACAAACAAACUCUUCAAAGGCUGUAUUUGGGCAUUUGCUUCAUUUCACAACUCUACAAAGAGCGUUAAUUCUCAGAGUCAGUGGGAGAUGUAAACAUAUUUGCUGUACGCGGCGCUCGGGGAGCUGCUGACAAAUAAAGAGGGCAGAGUUUUCACUGAAUCUUCAAACAGAUGCUAAAUUAUUUACACAGCAGAGGCCAGGAUAAUUCCUGCCCUGCUCCCAGCUGCUUCUGCUUUGGAUUUCAGUUUUCAAGAUAAUUAUGUGUAAGACUUGCAGGGUUGGUGCCUGGGUCUGCAAAUCCAGGAACUCGGGGUUGAGCCCCUCUCCCACCCCGAACGAGCAGCUCUUUGGACACGCUUCCGUGGGCAGCACAUCUGCCAACAUUUUCUGAAUUUCUAGAAAACUCUUGUCUGUGGGAGCAGUUUUAAAAUUGCAGUAUCCUAGUGUGCAUUUGAAACUUAUUUCAAUGGGACUGGUCCUGUAUGUGAUGGCUGCAGGGUCUGGAUUACCACUCCAGUUCUUCAGGGGGUUUUACCUAAAAGUAGAGCUCUGGGUGCUCAGAGUCCAGGAUCAGGCCUGCCUUUUGGAACUAUUGACCAAAUUUAAAAAAAAAAUAAUUAAAAAAAAAAAAAAGCAGAAGUCAUUUUUAAAAAUAGCUAUAUGUGAUAUUUGAUCCUGUUCGAGAGUGUUCAGCUUGCUCACACCUUGCAGAAAAGAGGCAACCCAAGGCCCUUGGAAAGAUCUCUAGGAAGACCUGGAAGUCAAGAGGCCGAUGAGUCUGGAUGAGACAUGAGUGAAUCUUACUUUGAGUACGGUAUGGUGAAAAAACAGAUUGGGCUAUGUUUCUUAUGUAAUGAGAGACUUCAAAAUCUUGGACAGAAGGAAACAUUCCUGUGCUUUUCCAGUGAACCCACGGAAAAGCAGCGCUGCCUGCCUUUUGCUGGAGCAAAGCCCAGCCUGAGAUGUGUGAUACAUCAAGACAGAAAUACAAAUUCUUGUAGAUUAAGACUCUUAGUUGGAAAAGUGAUUGAUAAAUGAAUAGCAACUAUGUUUUGCUAUGGUAUUUAUGAAGUUACCUGAUGUUAUCUUAAAUAAAACAGUUUUAAUACUGUAGAAUAAGAGUGAGCAAAAGGAGUUUGGCUUGGGAGCAGGGAUCUGCUUGAGAAAUUAUCUUUACAGAUACACAGAAGAGUGUAAGUGCACUCUUUACACCACAGUCUGCAUAUCCCUGGGUCAGCAAAAGGCACUUAAAGCAAAUUCACCUGCAGAACAAUUUAUGGAUGUGAAUUUUCGACAAGAUCUGAAACCCCUUUAUAAAAUUUUAAGGGUCUGUAAAGUGGAAGAGGGCUGAAAGCUGUUCAUGUAGAGGAGUGUUACAGUUCCCCCUAACCCCCCUCCCCAAGGAGGGCAGAGCUUCUAGUUCAAAGAUACAACCGUAGACUGCUUUGAGAAAGUGUGUGUAAGAGGUGGCUAAAACUUCUUUUCAGGGGUUAGCAUUGAGUAUUACAGCUGUGUCUCAAAGCAUUAAAGGCAUCGUGCAACUGUAAAUAGAAAUCACCGUGGAAAACUGAGUUUCAGAAUAUGUAGAAAUAAUAUGCGUGUUUCCAAAUUUUAAAAUAUUGUACAGUAAAGCUAUAAACAUAUGUUGCAAAGCAUUUUUAUUGUACCAGAGGUAUUUCUUUUUCCUUUUUAUCUUUUUUUUUUUUUUAAACGAGACAAUGGUUAUGGCAAGAGAAAUGGUAGUGGGUUUGGUGCAAUAGGAAAGACUAUUUAAAAAAAGAUUGCUGAAAAUUAAAUUAAAAUGUUGCAAGUUAA